AUGUCCAGCUCUCAAGCACCCAGUGUGAGCAAUAAUUUCAGCGCUGUGCCAUGGAACCCUGGCUUCACCGGCUCCACUCAUGACCCAGCCUGGUCCUCCACUGUGAACAGUGUGGUGAAGAUGGUGCUGAUAUCUCUGAUUGUUUGUGUGUCUCUGUUUGGGAAUGUGGUCGUUCUGCUCGUGUUCCAGAGGAAGCCUCAGCUCCUUCAUGUGGCGAACCGCUUUGUUCUGAACCUCCUCUUGGCAGACCUGCUCCAAACCGUGUUAGUCAUGCCCUUUGCCAUCGCAUCCACCGUUCCAGGUGUGUGGCCACUGGAUGCCCGACUGUGCCAGGCCCUGGUGGUGCUCAUGCACCUUUUUGCAUUUGCGGGGGUCAACACCAUUAUAGUUGUCUCCGUGGAUCGCUAUCUGGCCAUCAUCCACCCUCUGUCUUAUCCCACCCGCAUGACCCCUCACCUGGGCACCAAUCUGAUCAUCUGCACAUGGGUGCUCAGCCUUCUGCAGAGCACGCCUCCGCUCUAUGGAUGGGGGGUUAUUGACUUUGACCGCCAUCACAAUGUGUGCUCAGUGGUGUGGUCAUCUAGCCUGUCCUAUUCUGCUGUUGUGUCUACCUUUUCUUUCUGGCUGCCUGUGCUCAUCAUGCUAGGAUGCUACUGGAUGGUGUUCAGGGCAGCCCGGAGGCAGAAUGCCCUUGUGCACCCCAUCCAGACCCAAUCCCAUUCCCAGCCUCACCCACAGGAUUACCAGGCACCGUAUCCCAGCAGCCCUCAGCAUCAGCCUCAACAGGCCCAUCCAGCUGAUGGCGCCCUCUCAGGUGGAGCGUACCCUGUCCGAGUCAGACACAGACGCUUCCACUACCACUGCAAGGCAGCUCGAGUAGUUUUUGUGAUCAUGGCCUCGUAUAUUCUGAGCAUGGGUCCGUACAGCAUACUAAAUACUGUAUCAAUGAGCUCCAGUGUAGCUGUGCCCCGCUGGUUGUCCUCCCUUGCACUCGUACUCUUCUUCUUGCAGUGCUGCCUACACCCCUACAUAUAUGGUUACAUGCACCGCAGUGUAAGGAAGGAGUUCCUGGCGUUGCUCUGUGGGCCAUUCUGCAAGCAGGGCCGUCCCAGUCAGAGCUCUGCUGUGGAGAGCUGCUUCACUGCCACAGACGGACGCUCCGGUGCCCACCCUCAUCUACCUAGCCUGGCUGCACGUGUCUUCCCUUUGCGGACGUGGGAGGAGUGCACUGCCUCCUCCUCUCCCACCUUGGACAGGAAGUCAAGGGACAGCCGUAAAGAGACCACGUCCACCAGCCUCAGCUCUGAGAAGGAGCUGACAGUUCACAGCAAGUGAAGCACACACACUGCCUUGGGGACUCACUGGGUAGUUUGA